GCUAAAAAACAAGAAAGCGUUAACCUCCAAUGCAGUCGACGGAAUAUGUCCAUUUCAACUGUUUGUGAAACUUGAAGAUACAUAAAGCAAGAACACUGUUUCUGUCAAUUUUCUCAGUUUUCUUCACUAAUGGCGAAAUCAAUUAGAUAUUUUGAGUUAAAGACAGGAGCCAAAAUCCCCUCCAUUGGGUUAGGCACAUGGAAGGCUGCCCCUGACGCCAUCGUCGAGGCCAUCACCGCCGCUGUCAAGGUCGGAUAUCGACACAUCGAUUGUGCUCAAAUGUAUGGGAACGAGAAAGAGACUGGUUUUGCUCUGAAGAAGGUUGUUGAAGAUGGUUUAGUGAAACGUGAAGAAUUAUUUAUCACCUCCAAACUUUGGAACACUGAUCAUGCGCCAGAAGAUGUUCCAGAGGCACUGAGCAGAACUUUGCAUGACUUGCAACUUGACUAUGUUGAUCUAUACCUUAUCCAUUGGCCUGUCAGCAUGAAAAAGGGAGGCUUGUGGCCUGAAAACCUUACCCAACCAGACAUAACUAGUACAUGGAGAGCAGUGGAGGCGAUCUAUGAUUCUGGCAAAGCUAGAGCUAUUGGUGUUAGUAAUUUCUCAUCAAAGAAGCUUGAGAAUCUGUUGGCGGUUGCACGGGUACCUCCUGCUGUAAACCAAGUGGAAUGCCAUCCCGUAUGGCAGCAAGAAAAGCUUCAUGCCUUCUGUAAAUCCAAAGGGGUUCACCUAUCUGGGUACAUACCAUUGGGCUCUCCUGGUUCAGGGAAAGAGGUCGAGGUUCUCAAACAUCCAGUUCUCAAAAUGGUGGCAGAGAAAUUGGGGAAGACUCCUGCACAGGUGGCUCUUCGAUGGGGUCUCCAAAUGGGUCAUAGUGUACUUCCCAAGAGCACAAAUGAUGCAAGGAUUAGGGAAAAUUUUGAUGUUUUUGAUUGGUCCAUUCCUGAAGAUUUGUUUUCCAAGUUCUCUGAAAUUGGGCAGGAGAGGCUAGUUAAGGGUUUUAACCUUGUGCAUGAAACUUAUGGUGCAUAUAAGACCAUUGACGAACUAUGGGAUGGUGAAUUGUGACCUAUCGCUGGAUUUAUAGACAUUAGAUUUCUGUCUUUCAACCGGUUUGGUUUGGUUAAACAUAAUUUCAAUGUUCUGGCAAGCAAUUCAAUUUGCAUUAGACAAUUUCAAUGUUCUGUCAAGCAAUUCAAUUUGCAUUGGAUAAA